CGGAGGCGCGGAGGCCGGGAGCGCAUGGCGGGGACCCGCCGGCGCCAGCUUCCCCCCUCGCGCAGAGCCGGGAGGCGCGGACGAGGUGCUCUCAAGGCUGCCUUCUUGGUCCUUGCCUCCAUGUGCGCCUGGUACUCCGGGUACCUGCUGGCAGAGCUCAUCCCAGAUGCACAUCUGUCCAGUGCCGCCUAUAACAUUCGCAGCCUUGGUGAGAGGCCUGUCCUCAAAGCCCCUGCCCCCAGAAGGCAGAAAUGUGACCACUGGACCGCGUGCCCCACCAACAGCUAUGCCUACCGGUUGCUCAGCGGCGGGGGUCGCGACAAGUACGCCAAGAUCUGCUUUGAGGAUGAGCUGCUCAUCGGAGAAAAGACGGGGAGUGUGGCAAGAGGGAUCAACAUUGCCAUCGUGGACUAUAUAACUGGGAAGCCGAUAGCCACACAGUAUUUUGAUAUGUAUGAAGGUGAUAACUCUGGACCAAUGAUGAAGUUCAUUCAGAGCGCUCCUUUGAGAUCCCUGCUGUUCAUGGUGACCCACGAUGACGGAAGUACCAGACUGAAGGCGGGCGCCAAGGAUGCCAUCGAAGCACUCGGAAGCAAAGAAAUCAGGAACAUGAAAUUCAGGUCAAGCUGGGUAUUUCUCGCAGCCAAAGGCUUUGAACUCCCUUCAGGAAUUCAGAGAGAAAAGAUCAACCACUCCGAUAAUUCGAGGAACAGGUAUGCUGGCUGGCCGGCAGAGAUACAGAUAGAAGGCUGCAUACCAAAGGACCUGCGGUAGCGUGACAUGUUCCCCGGGAAUGGCUUUGUGCGGUGGAGGCAGCUGGGCUGGCCCGAGAAUCUUAUCUCUUUAAGUCUGACAGUCAAUCCCUGAAGAAUAUUUUGCUAGUUGAUAAAAUCUUGGCACACGAUGUUUUUACACUGGUGCUUGUGUCCUGAGGCUAGCGAUGAACAGGAAGCCGAAUGCGUGGGAAUUCACGGGGGACCCCAGAUGUAACAUGGAGAGUGUGGGGAGCACCCUGCACAUCUGGUCUGGAGCAGCAGCCCACUCUCCUAGUGCAGCCCAUGUGGUCCCCCUAGUCCUGCGGAGAGUCUCUAUCCUGCGGUCUCCGAGCAUGCCCUGGCUCCCAAGUCAUCUCCUGGGAGAAUGAGCUAUGGUCAGGAGGGUGCAGCCGACAUCCUUGGUCACUUCAAGUGGCAUUCUUGGGUCUGCCUGUGGGCUGUGGAUUUUUUCAUUUAUUCACUCAUUCACCUGGGUGCUGCCUGCCCCUGGCACUUGGGAGCCCAAGUCUUUGUAGAGGCCUCAGCAAAUCAAGGAUGGGAUGGUGGCCCAGGCCCAGUUAUGGGCCGAAUGGGUCCCCCUAAAUUCAUUUGUUGAUGUUCUGAUGCCCAGUAAAUACCUCAGAAUGUGACCUUAUUUGGAAAUGGAAUUUUUGUAGCUGUAGUCAAGAUGAGGUCAUCCUGGAGCCGGGUGGCCCCUCUUCCAUAUGACUGCUGCCCUUACAACAAAGGGCAGACCUGGACACAGAUGGACACAGGAAGGAGGCCUUGGGAUGAUGAAGGCAGAGACCUGGAGAAGCCUCUUCAAGCCGGGAAACGCGAAAGGUUUCAGCAACACCAGGAGCUGCGAAGGUGUGGGACGGAAAGCAGCUCACCCCCCGCUCUGUGUGCUCUUCAACACAGCCAGAGAGCCGCCCUCCCUGGAGUCCCCAGGCCAAGAGCAGUCCUCUGGCUCUGCACCAGCCGUGGCCUCUGAGCAUCCUGGGCCCUGGGCGGACUCUGUGGAGGCAGGGCCGUCACUAGUGCCCUGUCUCCAGGGAUGUCCAGGAAGUCAGCGCCGUGUGAUCGCUGGGAAGCUGCUGAGAUCGCUGCGACUUGUGGAGAAGGUGAACAAUGGAGACAUUGGAGGGCUAAGUGGCUGCCAGGGCAGGGAGGGCUGGACGGGCAGCGUGUGGGGGAUUCAGGGGCUGACACCACGUGCAUUGGACUAUAGGUGGCUCCAGGUCAUCACCCAAAGCCUCAGAAUGGACAGCACCAAGAGUGAACCCUAAUGCUGAGGCAGACGCUGGGUGACAAUGACGUGUCAGCCCAGGCCAUCAACUGUCACAGAGUGCCCUCUGGGGUUGGUGGUGGGCCACUGUGUGUGAGUAUUCAGGACAAAUUCAGCAAUCUGUACCUCCUGCUCCAUGCUGUGUGAACCUAAAACUGCUCUUAGCAAUAGUGUAUUACAAAAAAGCGUCCACACAGGAGGACAGCCAGGUGGGCAGAAGCUGAGCCUCCUGGUCGCUUUGCACUUGAGCCUGAACCUAUCACCAGCUCCCCAAGGGGGAAGGGUGGGCCCGCUGGGCUUUCCUCAGGAAGUGGGGGGUGGGCUGGGUCCCCUAGGUGCUGACCCUUCCACAGAGAGGACCAGCUCUCUAGAGCAAAAGGCCUGGGAUUCCUGAUUUCUCGGCAUUUUGGCCUUUGCACCCCUGGGGCUGCUGGCCACAAUCUGCAGCCACAUGGAGCUUGCUCUGGAUUGAGAAGAGGACCCUCCCUUCAGCUGCCCUUGUCUCUCUCAGCCCUGGAGGCAGGGGCACUGCCAGCCCUGUCCUGCCAACCCCGUAGAUGGACACCAUGUUUGAGGGCAGCAUCCGAUGCUCACCCAGGCACCCUCGCUGGGCCUGGGGCUCGCUGUGGGCCCUGCUGGUUACCCUCAUGCUGUCCUGUGUCAGGGUCACAAGGACUCAGCCCGCUGCAGCAGGCGAGGCUCAGGGAGGCUGAGAUCAGUGUGCCUGGUCUCACAGACGACAGGGAGGAGUGGACUCCACUCCCAAGGGCACAGAGCCCCUGGGCUCUGUGGGGCAGGGCAGCUUAUGGUUACUCUGUUUCAUUAGUCCAGGGAAAUGUUUUGUGAUCUCUGUUUCCACCAUUGAGAAGGCGAAUGCAGGAUGAGAGGCCUGGGGGAGGGGAUGCAUCUGCCUUUGGAAGGCUCCAGAUGUUUCCUAGUGGCUACAGACAGCUGCAUGUGGCUCCAAGCAGUUCCAGUGGCUCCAGACAACUCUAGAUAGCUCCAGACAGCUUUUAGAUGGCUCCAGGUAGCGGUGGGCUGUCAACACACAGGGGCUGUGACCCUCCCAGGGAGACCAGCAGGCAAGGUAUGAGCAAGCAUUUGUUAAGCUGCAUGCUUGACCCUGACCUGAUGCUGAACCAAGAGCUCCUGCCCAGAGGCUAUGACCAUGUCCCUUCUCUGGGUUUCCAGCUCCUAACUAGGGGAAGGGUGACAGUGGUAUGGUAUGGACACUCAAGACUUUGAGAUCACAAACCUGAGAGACUGUCCCAGACCUUGUCCCUGUCAGCCUAUGCAGUCCAACCCAGCAACCACGCACAGCUAUGCAAAUUAAUUUCAAUUACAUGGAAUCCCAACCCACAGUAGCCACACUGCACUGCUCAGCACCUGUGUGGAGCAGACCAGAAAGGUCCAGCCCAACACACAGUCACUGCAGCCAUUUCCAUGGGACCUCCAGCUGGCAGUCACUGGGUCUCCUCCAGGUGCAGCCCCUCCCCUGCCUCCCCUGAGACUCCUUAGCGAUGGCGACUCCGGCCCACCCUGACCUGAGGGAUCAGACUUGCCAGGUUGAGACAGAGCUCCAGUUGAAUUGUGAGAGCACGAGGACAAUUCAGCUGUGUUUCUGUGGCCAGACACUUGGCUUCAUGCCUCUCACGGGUCGCUGGUGAUGGGACUGAGAUGGUUCAUCACAGCAAAGCAAAGCCUAGCAAGAAAAGGGAUGGCUGGCCUGGUCCCUGACCUGUUCUGAACGUGCUCAGGUGGGAGGCGGGUCCUGCAGGGAGAGCCCUUGGCAUCUGAAGUGCAGCAGAUGUGCCAUCCACAUUGUCCCCUGAGCAGCAUGGCAUGUGCCUGGUAAACCUGGCUGGUGCCAGGAGGCGGGAACCAUAAAGAUAAGUGCCUAGUGCUUUGGCGGUGGUGGUGGCCACCAGCCAGCCCUGCAUGCAACCGGCAGUUUCUAGAGGGAAACGGCUGCAUCAGGGCACAGGGUGGCUCCACUCUUCUCUUGGCCACCUAGGCCACUGGAUUUGGGGGAUAGCUUUGCUUACUAUCAUGCAGAACCUGGGGCUGGGUGGGGAAGCAUAGUGCUGAAAGCUGUCUCUGAGGCUUCGGAUGCCGCUUCUGCAGUAUUCUUGGCACAGUGACAUGGCCUCGGUGAUGGGCGGGACACUGGCUCCAACUCCUGUAUGUAAAUACUCCCACCACACCCGGUUCUCAGCCAGCAGGAGCCAGCUCCAGCAUGCAGGCUGGGUGCUGAGUCCACUUUGUAACUGGCACUGAGCAGAAAGGAGACGUGGGUUCGUGCUACAUGUUCUAAAAACGGUUCUUUCCCAUUGCAUUGGAAUUCUGUCCACAGCCAUCUGCCACAGAGGAGGGAUGCAAGCCUCUCACUCCCUGCCCUCCAUCCACACCCUCUCCUCCUCCCCAGCAGCACUCAGGGCUUCCUAUCUUAGGAUUUCUUUUUAAGGAAAUUCUGUGCAUAUUCUCUGGAUGCUCACCCUAGGAAAGAAGCCCCUCUCCAAGGACUAGUGUCUGUUAGAUUCACAAGCACAUCCCAGGGACCCAGUGCUCAAUAAAUAUUUGUGAAUGAG